GUUGUUUUUGAACAUUCAUAGAUAUUACAUACAAUUUGAGCUAAAUCUUCCAUGGAUAGUUUCAAUUGUUCCGUAUCUAUUCCAGCAGGAGUGUUUUCCAUCGUAUCAGUUGGAGAAACACUCAUUUUUUGUGAAUUUAUUGCUGCUUGUUCUGACUUGGUGAAGGAACAUACUUCUUCGUACUUGCCAGGACUAAGACAAAUUGGAGCAUUUGGUCCUCAUUUUGGUACGAAAGAAUUGCAGGAUCUGUCUCAAUGACUUGUUUAAGCACAUAGUUUAUUAGCAGACUACGAGUUGUGUGAAUUUGUAUAUAACGUUUGGUUUUCAUUUUCAAAAUUUAAUUUAUACAAGAAAUAAGAGCCAUCAAAAUGAACGAGACUAAAGUGGAAGAACUAAAGAACCAGAUAAAAAUUAUUGAUGACAUUUAUACGAAUCUCGAUGAUCUCCGAGUUCUAUCUGCUUCGUUUAUGAAAUGUCUUCAUCCAGAAAAGGGAGGAACAAGUCGUUUAUUCGCAAAAUAUGCACAAGGAGCUCAGAAGAAGGCCGAAGAACUGACUCAAAGCAUUAAAGACAAUGCAGCUUUUUUCGAACGGGCUCGUCAAUCGCCAAAGUUCAACUCAUUUGACGGUGCAAACAUGCUCUCUUCUCAUAGAAAAAGAUCGGAAUUAAUCCCAGAAAGUGCACAGAAACACACGGAUGGCUCUAGUGUAGCAACUAUCAUUCCUCCAUUUUCCUUAAAUUUGGGAUUAGACUCGAUGAAACAAUGGAUGAACAAGAUAGCUCAAGAACAUCCAGAAUCCAUUACUUCUGUGGAUUGGCCGAAAAGCAACAUUGCUCGGGUCCAACUAAAAAAUCAUAUAGAAUUCCAGCUUUACGUUGAAAUGGAAAAGUCCUGUGUCGUUGCCAGCUGUGUGUCUUCACAAACACAGCUUCUCUCUUGCUCACUUACAAAAGCAUUGAAGGACUUCACGAAGGUGGAUGACAUUAUGCUCGUAUUGCUCUCAUACAAUCAGCUCUACUCAACAACUUGUGACAAAUGUCAUAAGCUACUUUCCGCUCAUCGGUUACAGUUUCCAAUUAGAAAAGAAAUCAAGGAUGGCACUGUACAUUCUUAUCACUCAGGAUGUAUGUAAUUUAAUGAUAUUGAUUCGUAACUACAAAGACUUAGUAGGCCAAGUUAGUAAUUCAAUGCUGCUAUUUCCUUUCUAC